AUGACGAUGGUUGGUGAUGAUGAAGAUGAUUUCCUGGCGGGGUUGGCACGUGGCGCGACGCGCUCGGCCCUUGCGGCGGAGCUGGCGGAGGCAGCGCAGGCCGGCAACGCUCCUGGCGUGGUCGAGGCCCUGGACAAGGGUGCUCUGCUGGAUGUGCCGAACGAGUAUGGCGAGACCGCCACGUUCCUGGCUGCACUGGCGGGCUCAUCCGAGGUGAUCCAGGUCCUCUUGUCGCGGAGGGCCGACCACACCAUUCGCGACAAUGCAGGCUUAAGUGCGUGCCGGGCAGCCCAGUUGAAAGGAAGUCGCGAAGCUAUGGCCGCGCUUGCGGCGGCGGGAGCUCAGGUCAGCCCGGAGAUGUCCGGCUACGGCUCCCCGGCCCGGCUGCCCGUGGCUUGCAGGUGCGAGAAGGUGCAGGUGACCAGAGUCAUCCCCUUGGGAGUGGGCCACGCUGGCGCCGGCACUACGGUGGUGGACAAUUUCUUCGAUGAAUCAUUUCUGGCACGGCUAGACGAGCUGUGGAAGAGGCUGCCGCUCGCGCCGAAGCAGAAGGCCUCUCCCACCGAUCGAGCCUACUACCAUGAUGUAGAGGGCUGGCUCACCGGCGCGCUAAACGAAGCAGUGCGAGCUGCGCAGCUCGCAGACGCAGCGGCAGCGAUGCCGCACAUGCGCUUCUUGAUCUACCCGGAGCCAGGAGGCUUCCUCCCGGCGCACGUGGACCUCGCCAGGACGGAGGGGAAGCUUCGCUCCACAUACACGUUCCUGCUCUACCUCAGUGACUGCCGGAGUGGUGGUGAGACGACCUUCCUGGAGUGUUUGGAAGGGGACGAGACGCUGGCAUCUAGCGGUGGCCUCGCCCCGGGCGAGAGAGCGGAGGUUGCUGCAGUGAGCCCUGCGCGCGGGCGCUUGCUGCUGAUGCCGCAUGCCUGUCCGCACCUGGCAGCCCCUGUCGACGAGGUACCGAAGGUGCUGGUGCGAGGCGAGGUGCUGCCGCCAGAUCCAGCUUCCGACAUCGACAUCUCGCGAACCGCGGCCGAGCCAGCCAUGGCCAUGAUCCAUGCUGAGUUUCAUUUGCUGGACAAGCUCCGGAAGUAUGUCCUUAGCAGUGAUCAGCCCUUCCACCUCCAUGAGUACGAGACAUUGUGGGCCAGUUGCAGACCUCGGCUUUCCAGCAUAGCAGCCAUGCGCGAGUUGGUUUCGGUGUUGAUCGAGGUGUCGCCGUCCUGCAGCAUUCUUUACUCGGACCUGAAGCCCACUGUGCUUGAUGUCAUGCACAAGCAUCCUGUGCUACGUGGCCGGCAAAAUGCCGAGGACAGGUCGCAGCACAUCGCAGAUAAACUCAUGGUUCUGCAGAAGCACUUGCGAGAAGUUGCCGCAGAUCUCGAAAGCAUUGAGCAGUCUGGCCUACCCCAGUAUCAGAAAGCUGCCUUGCAGAAGUUGUUUGGCAAGAUGAAGGCAAGCAGCUCGGAUCAGGAUGAUCUUCCGAGUUGCGAAGUCAGGAAAAGGAGGUUGCAGCCGACGCUGUCGGAGGAAGAGCUGUUGCUCAAACAGCAGGACGACGAGGAGAACCUCCCUUGCACCAAGAAGGAGAUCAGAAAAACUUUCAAGAAGCCUGCAGCUGCAAAGUCCAUCUUGAAGCAGCCGGCUCAGGGUAGCCCAGCUGCCAACAACCCGACUGUGAAGACGGACUUCAAACUGGUGAUGAAGGAUUUCGCUGAGAAGAGCUACAUCGUGCAGAAGAUCAAUGGCAAGCCUAAGCAGACCAAGCACUUCCACAAGGUCCUGCAGACUGUCAUGGACAAGCUGAAGAGCCAAUUUGACAAAGCCCUGGAAAAGUACUGCUAG